AUGAUGCGAAAAAUGGCUGGUUCAAGAUUGCCUGCGUCUCCUCCACCUCCCGAUCUGUCGAAUUUAACCGAGGAGGAGAAGCAGAUUAUACAGUGUGUCUUGCAAAGACAGAAACAAAUGGAAGAAGAAACCAUUGAAUUGCAAAGGUAGGUACUCCACUUCGGCGUGUGUUUAUAACGCCAUGUUGGCGUUAGGCCGUGUAUAGCAGUCUUUGCUUUUUGUAUUGCCUUUGUUGCUGUAUUUUCAUCACUUGCGAUUAUUAGACGUUUGAAAAGAAUUAUCCUUGCAGAUUGUAUCGAGCUUGUUCCUGUUUGGUUUAUUUUUACGCUCCACUGGAAAUUAAACAAUUUUAUGUCUUCGUAUGUUUUAUUCAAUUCCAGAAAUCUUGAGAAAGAAGUCGAGAGCUAUCAAAAUAAAGUUGAGCGAAAAACCGGACAGUCGGUUACUAAAAGUGAGGAAAAUGUCUGCGAAAUUUGCCACAAGACAAAAUUUACGGACGGAUCGGGCAAGGAGUGUAAAUAUUGCAAACUCAAAGUUUGCGCGCGAUGUGGUGUGCAAGUGACUAUACCAGGCUCUAAACAGGUGAAUUUUGCGAAUUCUUUGAACGUUUUAAACAUUGUAAAGAUACUUUUGUUGUUCUUAUCCGUGAUUCAUGUUUUCUUAUUUUCAAAGAUUUUUGGGGGCCCCAAAUACUCAUAUUUU